UCCCCAUUGGAGGCGCAGGUGUCGAUUGGGGUCCAACCCAGUUGCACUCGCAGCCCGACCGUAUCUCCUCCACAACCCCGGUUUCAAGUCUCCGCGAAACCCCUGUUUCGUCGCUCUCCUCUGCGAAGCGCCGCGAGCAAGCCCGCAGCUUCGACAGAGAAGCCGAGAGCGAGCGCGAUAAUGGAGGCCAGCGGGUUCGAUUCCGAGGGACGAGAGUUCAGCAACGCCGAGGAGAUGUGGAGGGAAGCGAUCGGCAAAGAAGGAGACGUUCACAAGCGGAAGGAGUGGUACCGCCAAGGCGUUGGCUAUUGGGAAGGUGUGGAGGCAACUACAGAUGGAGUGUUGGGAGGAUAUGCACACGUUAAUGACGCUGACGUAAAGGGCAGUGAAGCUUUUCUCAAAAUGAUUUUGGCCGAACGUUUCCCGGGUGGUGGAAGAGGCCGUAAUCUUGUUGCCCUCGAUUGUGGUUCUGGCAUUGGAAGAGUCACCAAGAAUCUUUUAAUCAGGUUCUUUGCUGAGGUUGAUCUCCUUGAGCCUGUAUCGCACUUCCUAGAAGCUGCCCGUGAAAGUUUGGUUCCUGAAAGCGGUUCAGCAAUCGAGAACAAGGCCACUAAUUUCUUUUGUGUCCCCCUUCAGGAAUUCACACCUGAUGUAGGACGAUAUGAUGUCAUGUGGAUUCAGUGGUGCAUUGGCCAUCUUGCAGAUGAUGACUUUAUAUCGUUCUUUAUGAGAGCCAAAGCUGGCCUCAAACCUGGUGGGCUUUUCGUCCUGAAGGAGAAUAUUGCUAGAAGUGGAUUUGUGUUAGACAAGGAAGAUCGAAGCAUCACUAGGUCCGAUACGUACUUUAAGGAGCUCUUCCACCGGUGUGGAUUGCAUAUGUUCAAAUCAAAGGACCAGAAGGGAUUACCUCAGGAAUUAUUCGCGGUGAAGAUGUAUGCUUUAACCCCUGAUGCACCUAAACGAGUUCACAAUACCAGAGCCAAAGCGCAACCCAAUAGGCCCGGCAUCAUCAAAUGAGUAAUUGCUUCAUGGAUUUCAUUAUCAGAGGAGGUCUGGUGGAUGGUUCUUGGGGUCACCUGGACUACCCUCAGAAUGUUGUGAGAUGCUUAUCUGUUCUUUGAUGUGUGCUGUGCUUUGAGCGUUUGAAUGAGCGUCAUCUCUGCGCAUUUUGCUCAUUUGUUGUCACAUUGUUUUUCAAUGUAUUGAACGGAAGGUGAAUAAAUUUUUUUUUUUGCU